AUGCGUUCUCAGGGUGUGCGCCGCACACAACACGAGGCUUCGAGAGAUGACGAAGUCACUUGGGAACCCACUCUACGUUCCUUUUGGGAGAUUGACAACAUGGGAAUCAACCCAGAGCCCUCAGCUUCCUCGAAGAAUCCUGUGGUUGGAGAACUUCGCGGAGACUGUCCGCAAAAUGACGAGCGAUAUGAAGUUGCGUUACCAUGGAAGCAAGAUCCGGCCAACCUGCUUAAAGAUAAUUUUGAAGUCUCAAUGACACGACUCAAGAAGCUCUUGAUAAAGCUACAAAGAACAGAUGGUCUUCUGUUGCGGUAUGACAGCGUCAUAAGAGAGUAUUUCAAUCUUGGACAUGCCGAAGUUGUCGAUGAGCGAGUAGAGACGCAAAAUCCAAUAUACUACAUGCCCCAUUCAGCUGUCAUUCGAGAAGAUCGUGUCACCACCAAGGUUCGAGUUGUUUUCGAUGCUUCAUCCCAUGCCCCCAGUUGUCCGUCGCUGAAUGAAUGUUUGGAUAAAGGAGUCUGUCUAAACCCUGACAUCUUGCAGUUGCUACUCCGCUUUCGAAGCUACAAGAUAGCUCUUACGGCGGACAUCGAAAAGGCAUUUCUUCAAGUUCAGAUUCGUCCAGAAGAUCGAGACGUAUUUCGAUACUUGUGGCUCGAGCAGCCACCAAGUCCAGAGGCCAUUCCUGAUGUUUCACACGCAGUUCAAACGCUGAGGAUGACGAGGGUACCUUUUGGAGCGACUUCUAGCCCAUUUCUCCUGUCUGCUACCAUUCAGCAUCACCUUGCCGGCGUAGCUGGUGAGUACAAAGCAACUGCGAUGAAACUUAAGCAGUCAUUCUACGUGGACGAUCUGGUCACGGAGCAGAUUCAGUAG